CAUGAAUUUUGUUGUUAUUCUCGUGUUCUCUUGCUCAAUUUUCGAAAUAUUUUUCUCUUACAUUGACCAAACUUCCCUCUCUUAUCGAUUGCCCCUCUUUCGUCAUCAUAGCUCGCUCUUGAUCACUGUGCCCCGCCAUUUCCCCUGACAAGACAGAUCUUGCCACUUACACCAAAGUAGUCGCGAAAAAGAUAUCCUAGAAAUCGGCAUUUUCAGCAUUUCAUUUUGCCGUUCAACAAUCAGCUUGCUAUUAUCCCACAAAAACAUGGCCGACUUUGACGCUCCCACCGGCCCUCCCCCGCCCAAGGUGCCAGAAGGCUGGGUCGCGCGCUGGAACGACCAGUACAAGGAAUGGUUCUAUGUAAACACCUACACCAAAAAGUCCCAAUGGGAAAAACCCACCCAGCCGGCCAUCCCGCCCCGCGAUGACGCUCCUGCCGGUCCGCCCCCGAGUUACACCGCCGGGGAUGAUAAACCUGUUGUUGUUUCUGAUGCAAAGGUCAAUCCUUACGAUAAUACCAACCAGUCGACUACGGGCGGUGCGUCCGGAUCUGGGACCCAUCAAACCGAAAGCGAAGACGAACGCCUGGCUAGGCAGCUACAGGCGGAGGAGGACGCUAGGGCGCGGUCUCAUGGGGGUACUACAACGCCGCAGCAGAGCUUUCCAGGACAGCUCCCGCCUAGACCGGAUAAUCUUGAGAAGGGGAAGAGUUUCUUGGGGAAGUUGUUUGGGGGAAAGAAGGGGGGCGGCGGUAGUCAUGGGUCGGGGGGGACAUUGGGUGGGUUGGGGGGGUUGAUGGCUAAUCGCCCUGGGAGUCACAGUCAGUAUCCGGGGGGUUAUGGAGGGCCGGCGCCGCCUCCUCAGGGAGCUUAUGGUGGUGGUGGUUAUCCUCCUCAGGGAGGAUACGGCGGUUAUCCUCCUCAGCAGGGGUAUGGAGGUUACCCUCCUCAGCAGGGUUAUCCGCAGCAGGGUUAUGGGGGUUAUCCUCCUCAGGGGGGGUAUGGGGGUUAUCCUCAGCAGGGCUAUGGUGCUCACGGUAGGCCCGCGAAGAGUGGUCCUGGGAUGGGGAUGAUGGCUGGUGGUGCGGCGUUGGGUGUGGGUGCUGGAUUGCUUGGUGGUGCGUUGGUUGCGGAUGCGAUACAUGACAAUCAGCAGGAGGCUUAUCAGGAGGGGUAUCAGGAUGGGGCGGAGGGGGAUUUUGGUGGGGGGGAUGAUUUUGGGGGUGGUGAUUUCUAG